AUGGCUGCCGCGUCGUUGCCCGAGGCCUGGCAGGUCUACCGCGAAGCCCACCGCCUCGCCACCUUCGGGCGCUGGCCCUUCCGGGAGGGCUGCGCCUGCACCCCCGAGCGGAUGGCCGCGGCCGGCUUCGUCCACUGCCCCACGGAGAACGAGCCCGACCUGGUCGAGUGUUUCUUCUGCUUCAAGGAGCUGGAAGGCUGGGAGCCGGACGACGACCCGGCAGAGGAGCAUCGCAAGCAUUCGCCUGCUUGUGCCUUCCUGGCUCUCACGAAGCCGGUGGAAGAGCUGUCCUUCGGUGAGUUUUUGGCACUGGACAAGGAAAGAACCAAGAACAGAAUCAUGAGGGAAGUGGACCGACGGCAGGAAGGACUGCGGGGACUUGCAAAGAAGGUCCGCCGUGACAUCGAGCGGCAGCUGGCCGACCAGGAGUGA